CAUCUUUGGAAGCCGAGCUUUGUUGACAAGUGAACAUUAUGAUUGUACACUUGAUUUGACCCCAGGAAUGAGUAUCAGCAACACCAUCAGGCCUUCUGCGGCGACUGUCAAAGCGGCGAAGAUUGCCGCUGCGUCGCCUCAUGGUCUUGUCAAUCUCGUCAGAUUGGUCCAGGCUCUCGAUCAGACAUCUCAAUAUUUGGAAGAUGAGGACGAGGAACAGGAACAGGACUCGAGUCGAAUACGCAAAGAUGUAGACACAGCUCGAUACGCUCGACUCAUUCUGGAGAAUCUCAAGAACGCUAACGAGGGACCUUCGACGUCUUUGACGCUUGAGAAGCUCGACCGGACAAUGUCAGACGUAGAGAAGAGGUAUUCCUCUCUGGAGACCGAGUCAUUGAGCAAGGAGAUCAUCGACAAGCCUCGUGAACCCCUCGCAUCAAGGGCAAAGUCUUCCGCCUCUUUUGAGCUUUUGGCGGAAACAUCACCCACGGAAGAAAAGUCCGAGCCUCGUCCAACAUUGUCACCAAAACUUAGCACCACACUACGGUCGAGGAAACGAGGCAUAGACACAGCUGCAUAUCUUCGCAAGCGGGCCGAGGAAGAUGCAGCGGGAGCAGAAGUUGGAUUGUUACCACUGCGCGUCGUACCUCAGAAUGUGGAAAAGUCUUCCAGGGAUCAGUUACUAGGCGGAGGAAUGAGGUCGGGUAUGGGCUCAAGACAACUGCACGAGGAGUUGGGAGGUCAACUGGCAGAUAUGUCAAAUCGCUUAAAGUUAAAUGCCAUUCAUUUUGCGUCAAGCCUCAACGAUGAGAAGGAUCUCCUGGAAUCAUCUCAAACGACCUUGGAGAACAAUCUCGUGGCCACACGUUCCUCGAAACAGGAUCUCGCCAAAGUCUCUAAAAAGGGCAGAGGCACUACCUGCAUGACUCUCGGCAUCGUCAUACUUGUCUUAAUCAUCUUUGUCUGGACGUACAUGCUUAUACGAUUCACGUGAACACGCAUACAUGGUACCGUGACUCGAACGUUUUCAAUGCAUUCUGUAU